AAAGCAUCCAAACCAAAAAAGAACAAUAUAAAAGGAAGACAAAUUUCAUAAAAUUCCAUAGGAAAAGAAAAAGAAGAGAAAUGCUGAACAUCACAAAUCUUCCACAACACUUCUUACCUUUAUUCAAACUCUCUUCUUCUCUUUCCAUUUUCUUCCUCUACUUCUUCUACAAUAUUUUCCUACAUAAUAACCACCUUGUUAAAGCUCAUGUUUUUAUCUACGCAGGUUGUUCACAAGACAAAUAUCAACAAAAUUAUCCUUUUGCUCCAAGCUUAAACUCUCUACUAUCCUCACUAGUUAGUUCUUCUUCUCAAUCUCUUUACAAUAGUUACGCUAUUGGAAAUGACAGUUCAGCCCCUCAAGAAUCGUCUAUUUACGGUUUGUAUCAAUGUAAUGGUGACCUACAAUUAAGAGACUGUUCAACAUGUGUGGCGAGUGCAAUUGGCCAAAUGAACAUAGUUUGUCCCUAUAAUUUUGGUGCUAUUUUGCAAUUAGAUGGUUGUUGUGUUAGAUACGAACACAAAGAUUUUCUUGGAAAACCUGACACCAGUUUAAGGUACAACAAGUGUAGCAAGACUCAACUACGAGGAGACGGAGAGUUCAUUAGGCACAGAGAUAAUGUUCUUGCUGGAUUAAUGCAAGGUAGUGGUGGAGCAACGGGUUUUAAGGCUAGCAGUUCGGGUUCGAUACAAGGAUUUGCUCAGUGUUUGGGUGAUUUGAGUCCAGAAGAUUGUUCUGCUUGUGUUUCUGAAGCUGUUAUGAAGAUGAAGGACAUGUGUGAUGCUGCUGCUGCUGCUGAUGUUUUUUUGGCUCAGUGUUAUGCUAGAUACUGGCUUUCCGGCUACUAUCAUUCCUCCAAUCCAUCUAAUGAUGAUGAAGUAGGGAAAACAGUGGCAAUAAUCGUAGGAGUAUUAGCUGGUAUUGCUGUUUUCAUCGUUCUCCUCUCUGUUUGCCGCAAAUCUUUAGGUUAAAAAAAGAGAAGGGAAGCUUACGCAUGGUUCAAUGAGGUGAAACCUGAACUUCUGUGGGUUCAUAUGUUAGGACCAAUUUAUAAUGAGUUCCACUUUUUCUUUUUCUUUUUUAUUAAUUUAUUAAAUGCAAAUUGUUAGGUGUAUGAACUUCUAUUUUGUUUAUUAGGAGCUAUCAUGAAUUCCAUUUACCCUAGUUAAUUUAUAUUAGACACAAACUUUUGAUAACA